AUGGAGACCAUCGCUGGUAUCGAGGAGGAGAAGAAGCAGUAUCAGGACCAGCGAGACAUCGUCCUCGUCCAGAUACGCGACGAUCCCGAAAACGCCGAACUCAAAGCCCUUGCCGGAGAGUUGAACGACCUCAUCGCUCUUCUCGACGAAAACAUCGCCGAACUUCAACCUCAACAGCCAAAGCAACCCGAGAGCCCUGCUGUUGCCGAGCCUUCGCAGCCCGAAAAAUGGUCUCGAGACAAUCACCCCGCCUUCAAAAAGGCGGCCGCUCCGGAGGAAAAGGAAGAGGCCCCUGUCAACUACCAAGUCAAUGACACUGUCCUGGCGAAAUGGGUUUCCGGCGACCGUGCCUUUUACCCCGCUCGUAUCACCUCCAUCACUGGAUCGUCGACAGCGCCGAUUUACAACGUCAAAUUCAAGAGCUACGACUCCACCGAGACUCUGAGAUCCAAGGACAUCCGCCCCGUGUCAAACAAGAGAAAGGCAGACGGCACCUCGGCCGCAACGGCCCCGGCCACUGCUGCGUCUGCGGCAUCUGCUCCGGGCCUGGUGUCAUCGGCCGGUGCAACCAUGUACCCCGAGGCUAGGAACGAGAGCCAAAAGGGCGAGGAUGCCCCAAAGCCCAAGCCCAAGAAAAUAAAGGCUAAGAAGGAGCUCGAGGCUAGCAAGUCCAAGUGGCAAGAGUUCAACUCCAAGUCCAAGAUUGCCAAGACAAAAAAGAAGGAGAGCAUGUUUCGCACUCCUGAGGGCAUCAACGGCAGAGUUGGCUUCACAGGCUCCGGACAAGCCAUGCGCAAAGAUCCUGCUCGAGUCCGCCCUGUCUACACGCAGGAAAAGGAUGAAUAA